GUGUGUCUGCUCUUUAAGAGGAGGUUCCCCCCUCGGCCCGACAUCAGUCUGACACCACCGGAGAAGCAGCAGCCGCCGACUCGGACGUGAUCUCUCCUCACCUGGAACCCGAACUCUCAGCUUCCACCAUGGCUCGCCUGGACUCCGUCAUCACCAACAUCGUGGACAUAUUCAUGGAGUACGCCGACGAGGAAGGCAAAGGCAAGAAGCACCAGCUGAGCAAAGACGAGCUCAAGAUGUUGCUGGACCAAGAGAUCCAAAGCCCGGAGUUGAAAGGUAAAAUCAACACGGACGACAUCGAGCAGGCCUUGGAGAUGCUGGACAAGAACCACGACGGCGAGGUCAACUUCCGCGAGUUCUGUCGAUGCAUCUGUGACCUGGCCAAGUGCUACUACCACAAGAAGACGGGCCGCGGGGGCAAGAAGGGGAAGGGGAAGGAGCAAGAGGGCGAAGCAGCAGAUUGAAGAAGAAAAGAAACCCCUGAAGUGAUUUAAAACUCUUUAAAGUAGAUGUCACUGGUAGUAGGCCACUGUGCUUUAAACAUCAUAUUUAUCAUCUCUGUCUUUCUGUAAACUGGUUUUCGGAGCAGUUUCCUCGCACGCCACGCUCGAAAUAAAGAAAAAGCUGAAGCGC